AUGGCGUACAAGACAUGGUGGAACUCACGACUUGACACUGAUCUCCAGAAAUAUCGGAACCUGAAAUCAGCAGCAAAAAGAGCGGUAGCUGCAGCAAAAGACAAGUAUUAUCAGACAUUGUAUGACCAGCUUGACACACCAUCGAGAGAAAACAAUAUCUACAGUCUUGCUAAGUCACGUCACCGUUCAGCUCUGUACAUUGGACACGUCAUGCACAUCAAGGGAGCCGACGCCCAACUGCUAAGAGAUAAACAGUCUAUUCUCCAGAGUUGGACAGACAAAUUUCAUAAUAUCAGCAACAAAGAGUUUACACAUCCACCAAUUACUAGUCCUGAUCCUACCUUAGGACCCGUCCUCUCUAUUACACGUGAAGAAGUAAUGCUUUCCAUCAGUAAGACGAAAAAUGGAAAAUCAACUGGCCCAGAUGACCUACCAGCGGAAAUCUGGAAAAUGUUCGGAAAUCCUGCUUCAGAAUUCCUUGCCUCACUCUUCAACCGAAUCAUCGCCGAAAAACAACUCCCGCAAGCAUGA